CCCCUUCUCCAUCGCUUCAUACGGGAGCGGCUCCAAUCUCUCACAGCGGCUGCUGCCUGCUCUGCGACUAAACUGAACAUCCUCAGAGGUGAAGGAGCAGCGAGACGUGUCCAGGUGGAUGAACACGCCCUUUUAUCCACUUUAAAGUCAAGUCAGGAUGAGCCGUGCAGUUAUUCUGACAAAAGAGUGCGUUAGCUUCGUUAGCUAACUGCUAAGUGAAGGCACAGACACGAUGGGAGGGUUCCUUCAAGAUGUCAAGAUGGACAAGCGGACAGCGGCUCUGCUGACGACAGCGGCCUGCGGCUUGGGGGUUCUGCUGGUGCUGGUUCGGUCGGUCAGCAGCCGUCGAGCAGCGAAGGUUAAGGUCCAAAGAGCCAGGAGCCGAAGGACGGAGAGCCUGCAGCGAGCGGAGCAGCAGGUGCUCCUCUUCAGGCAGACGCAUCCGUCGACUGACUCUGAUCACAUCUUGUCUCUGUCGCUGUCCGAGUUGACAAAGCAGCUGCAGGACGGUUCUCUGAGCGCCGACGAUGUGUUUUACACAUACAUGGAAAAGACUCUGGCUGUGCACAAGAACCUGAACUGCUGCACAGAAAUCCUCCUUGAGAGUUUUGAUCAGCUGAAAACAGUGGGCUCCAACAAGAAUGGCCUCCUCUACGGAGUUCCAGUUAGCAUCAAAGAGAAUAUAGCAAUUAAGGGUCAAGACUGUUCUUGUGGUGUGAUCAUUAAUCUGGAGCAGCCCGCUCACAAAAACAGUGUGAUUGUUGAAGUUCUGAAGAAACAAGGAGCUAUUCCUUUUGUGAAGACCAACCUGCCUCAAGCCCUGUUAAAUUAUGACUGCAGUAACCCCAUCUAUGGGCAGACUCUUAAUCCCCAUAAUCCCCAGAAGACCUCUGGAGGUUCAUCUGGUGGAGAGGGGGCUCUCAUCGGAGGAGGGGGUUCCAUCCUUGGCAUAGGCACUGAUAUAGGGGGGAGUGUCCGUAUUCCCGCCUCGUUCUGUGGGAUUUGUGGCUUUAAGCCAACUUCAGGUCGGCUCAGCUCACAGGGGCUUGUUCCAAUUUAUCGAGGACAGAAGUCUGUGUUGUCAUCUUCUGGGCCCAUGGCGAGGGAUGUGGACAGCCUUGCUCUGUCCAUGCAGGCUCUUCUCUGUGAUCAUAUGUUUUCCUUGGACCCCACUGUGCCACCAUUACCUUUUAAUGUUCAGAUAUACCAAAGCUCCAAACCUCUAAGAAUUGGUUAUCUGGAAUGCGAUGGCUACUCGCAGCCCUCUCCGAGCAUGGCCCGCGCCGUCAGAGAGGUCAAAGCUCUGUUAGAGCGAGCGGGGCACACCCUGGUGCCUUACCAACCUCCGAGGUUGGAGCAAGUUAUGUGUGAGCUCGUAGUGCAGGCUGUAUUCGCAGACGGCUGCACGAACAUGAUGCAAAAACUAAAGGGGGGGCCUGUGGACCCUUGCCUCAAGUUUCAGGUUGGGAUGUACGGUCUGCCAAAGUGGUUAAAGAGAACCCUGGGGUUCAUCCUCAAGCCCUUUUCUCCCCGUUUACCUGCCGUCUUCAAUUCUCUGUGUGGCCUGAGUUCUGCUCAAGAUCUGUGGAAGCAGCAUGCUGCUGUGGAGGACUACAUUAUUGAGACUGUAACACUCUGGAGGGAAAGCAACAUGGAUGUUCUGCUGUGCCCUGUGAUUGGACCCGCCUUCAACUUCUCAUACUGUAGCAGAAUUUCAACUGUUCUCAGUUACACGAUGCUUUACAAUCUACUAAAUUUUCCUUGCGGCGUGGUUCCUGUUUCCACGGUGACAGCAGAUGAUGAGGAGGAACUUAAACACUACAGGGGAAUUUAUCAGGACACCUCGGACAAGUUCUUCAAACAGGCUGUGACCGGAGCCGAGGGUCUGCCCGUGGCCGUGCAGUGUGUGGCUCUGCCGUGGCAGGAUGAGAUGUGUCUGCGCUUCAUGAAGGAGGUGGAAGAACUCGUCAAACAGAACAGGAAGUAGAACGUGUUCGGCCACAGCAGCUGAAGUUAGCUGAAGUACCACAGCUAAAAUGUCAAUGCAGCCUGUUUGUAAAGAGAGUGCUCUUUUGUAAUACUGUGAGUCGAACUAAUUAAUUGCUAGAGGCGUUAACUACUUUACACAAUCAGGAAUGUAGUUGCAGUUAUUAAAGCUUUUACAUGAAGGUAGUAUUUACUUAUUUGUAAUGUUUUGACAUAAACUACAGAAACUUUAACAUAUUAAUAAUAAAAAUGU